AUGUUUAGUUUCAAGAAGCCCAUCGGAAGUGUUAUUGUGUCGGCCCACAAACUAUUGGGCUCACCAAUGGCAUGCGGUGUCCACAUGACUAGAAAGAGGUACAUCAAAGCAAUCUCUAAAAACAUUAAAUAUAUCGAAACCAUCGAUAACACGAUAUCCGGAAGUCGAAAUGGCCACACGUCGGUCUUCAUUUGGGAAGGUAUUAGUUGCAUGCUCAACGAGCCCGGUUUUGUGGUUGUUUUUGAGAGGCCCCUGAGCUUCGAGUUCGUUAGAAAGUGGCAGCUUUCGACUCAAGGUGACAUGGCGCAUGUUGUCGUGAUGCCACAUAGAUCAUCGAUGAUGGCUUCUAUGGCUUUCUCUUCGCUUUACACCGCGCCUCUUCACAGUUUAGCACUCUCCAACCUGCAACUGAACUGCAAAUCCGGUUGUCUGACGUUUCUUGAUUUGUCCAAUCGAUCGAGCAUCGGCUCUUCGAAAUCAACGUUUUCUCGAGAUGGGCUUUCGAAUUUAUCCCCAAUUGUUUCUGGGUUUCUCUUAAGAGUCUCGAAAUUUCGCUUCUGUUUACGCCAGGGCUAA